AAGCGGGUUCUGUGAAUCCAGCUCGCUCGCGCGCUGCGCUCAUAGCGCCUUAAUAACCAGCUGUUGAAUCGCGCGCGCGGAGAACGAGAUUAGAAGUAAAAGGCAAGAGGACAAAGCUGUGACAUGGUUUGGUUAAUGCUGCUAUGAUGGAUUUGACUAAAAUGGGUGUGAUCCAUCUCCAAAACCCUGGGCACCCCACAACUCUCCUGCAGAAGGCUAACCAAAUGCGUCUGUCGGGGACAUUGUGUGAUGUGGUCAUUAUGGUGGACAGCCAGGAGUUCCAUGCCCACAGGACUGUGCUGGCAUGUGUCAGCAAGAUGUUUGAAAUUCUGUUCCAUCGAAAUAGCCAACACUACACUCUGGAUUUCCUCUCACCAAAGACCUUCCAGCAGAUCCUGGAAUAUGCCUACACUGCCACACUCCAGGCUAAACUUGAAGAUUUAGAUGACCUGCUAUAUGCUGCAGAGAUCCUGGAGAUCGAGUACUUAGAGGAGCAGUGUCUGAAGAUCCUGGAGACCAUUCAGUCUUCUGAGGAGAAUGACAUGGACAUCAAUACGAACGAGAAUGGCACAGAAGAUGAUGAUGAGCGUCGGAUGAAGUAUUUAAAGAGCACUUUCAUCUCCAAAAAACAUUCCAUACAGGAGGGCAGCUACAGCUCUGUUGACCGCCAUCGACUGACCCUGGGCAACAUGGUUGACAAGAAGCCUUUAGUGUCAGCGCCACUGGGCCUUAAUACCAUCAGCCCCACAAGGGCUGCUGUAGAGAGUCUGAUGAGCAUUGGCCAGUCUCUCCUGGCAGGGACUGUGCAACAAGGCCUCACUUUCCCCCAAGAAAAUGCUUCUCCACUGCUGGAAAAGAUUAAGACUGAAAUGAUGCAAGUGGAUGAGGAAGAUGGCCAUGAGGGUAGCUCUUCCAGAAAUGGAGAUGGGAUUAGUGAGUCCAAACAGCACAGAGGCACUCCGGGAACCCCCACUAGAGGCACCGUCAUCACUAGUGCUCGGGAACUCCAUUCCAUUGAUGGUGUUCCUGAAUCACAUGGAGAUGCCAGCCAAGUGGGACCAGCAAAUGUUGCCAAUCUGGCUGAGAGACAUCUUGCAACAUUGUACAACCAUAAGAACGAGAGCAUGCUGCCCGUAUCUGUAUCCAUGGCUUCAUCUCUGCACAUGCCACCCACCCUUGCUAUGUCUGCAGACUUUGGAACCUACGGUGGGCUCUUCCACCAGAGCUUCAUUCAGCGGGAGUUCUUCAGCAAACUGAGCAAUUGCACAGCAGGUGCAAAGCACAAGGGCCAGAGAGAGCGUUGCAGUGUGUGUGACAUGGAACUGCUUGACAGUGAGAUGGCAGAGCACCACAGGAAACUGCAUAGUGAUAUGAAAACCUUUGGCUGUGAGUUCUGUGGAAAAAACUUUUUGGAUAGCUUACGACUGAGGAUGCACAUGCUGUCACACUCAGAUGGACCAAAAGCGCUGGUGUGUGAUCAGUGUGGAGCUCAGUUCUCGAAAGAGGAUGCCUUGGAGACCCAUCGGCAGACACACACAGGCUCAGAUAUGGCUGUGUUUUGUCUGCUAUGUGGGAAGCGCUUUCAGACUCAGAAGGCGCUACAGGGCCACAUGGAGGUUCAUGCUGGUGUGCGCAGCUACAUCUGCAGUGAGUGUGAUCGAACCUUCCCCAGCCACACAGCUCUCAAACGCCACCUUCGCUCCCACACAGGUGACCACCCAUAUGAGUGCGAGUUCUGUGGCAGCUGCUUUCGGGAUGAGAGCACGCUGAAGGGCCACAAGCGCAUCCACACUGGAGAGAAACCCUAUGAAUGCAACAGCUGUGGCAAAAAGUUCAGUCUCAAACACCAGCUGGAGACACACUACCGUGUGCACACAGGUGAGAAGCCAUUUGAGUGUAAGCUGUGCCACCAGCGCUCACGUGACUAUUCAGCCAUGAUCAAACACCUACGCACCCACAAUGGUGCUUCGCCCUACCAGUGUACUAUCUGCCAGGAGUAUUGCCCCAGCCUCUCGGCCAUGCAGAAACACAUGAAAAGUCACAAGCCUGAGGAUGUUCCCCCAGACUGGAGGAUUGAGAAGACCUAUCUGUACCUAUGCUAUGUGUAAGACAACUGACGAAAGGAAAGAAGACAGAAGAAACUGGUGACAUAUUCACUCAUUUUGCUCCAAGCCUGGGCCAAAGCUGGAGACCGAAAGUGAUCAAAGAUGUUGCGUAGAAUUUCCUUUCUUUUAUCACACCAUUUCAUAUGCACAUGUUCAAAUUCAUUUCUAGUGACAUUACAGUGUUUGUGUUUUGGUAAAUGGAAAGUAUUGUUAAAAUGACUUUUAACAAAAGUAGAAAAACCCAAUUAAAUUAAUAUUUCAUAUUAUUCUAUCCAUAUUCACUGGAUAUGAGCAAUUGUGCGCUCUGAUCGGCUACUACAUAUACUACUAGGAUAUCAGCUCAUAUUACCGUGAGUAGAGAAAAACAAAAUGGUGGAGUGUGUUGCUGAACCAACCGAGGAUGAAAUAAAAACUCUACAUGAAAACAAAAUCACAAAAAAAUACAAAAAAGCAACAAAAUAUGGAAUAAAAGUAUUUGAUGGUAAGAACAUAUUUUUAUUUUUUCAAGAAUUAUUGUUAUAGCAUUUUUCACAAAUUGCUCCUGUCAUUUUGCCGGUUUGUUUACAUUCUAAGCGGAAAUUAUUUUGUCGGGCGUUUUGUAUAAUUUUUUUAUUUAUUGAAUUUACUAAAAAUAAAAAUGUUCUGUUUCUCAAAAUCCAGUGAAUGUGGAUAGAAUAAAACAGUUAUUCCACUCAAUCUCAUCAUACAUGGCUUAUAGCCGAUGAGGCGCGUAGGACCAAGUCGGCUGUAAGCCAUGUAUGAUGAGAUUGAGUGGAAUAACUGUUAAAUAUUCCACCCAACAUGCAUCUCAAGAAAAAAAAUCGAAGAUUCCACCUGUUAUACUGAAAGUAAUAACAUACUUUUUUAUUCACAGCAUCCAUAUGUUAAAUAUGUAUCUAAACCAUUGAUAAAAAUGGGCAAAAAAAAUUGUGGAUGCUACAUAUCCUAAUAGUGUGAAAAGCCGGAAAAUUAAAUAAAAAAUAAUCAAAAUAGAAUCAAAAUGACAUCUGUUCAGCAGUGCAAGCCCAUCACACAGCUCAUUUUGGUGUCAGAAGCACUUAUUGGUAUCCAUUUGAUCACACACAAACUCAGAUUACACUGCAUUAUGAUCACAAAAUAUUAAGGAUGUUCAGGGAUAUGUUGAAAUUAAAUACUCUGUACACUUUCACAACUGAGCAUAGUUAUGAAUACAGACAGGGGAUUUGGUUUGCUUUUGAUUAGCUGUCCUCCAUUCUCCUACCAGUGUAACAGGGCUAAUCUUAAGAUUUUAAAGUGCAUAUGUUGUGAGAAAGUGAUGCAGUGUUAGUGGAUUAAGACUCACAUUUAGGGCUGCACACAUUAGUAAAAAACAAAACAAAAGAAGUGCUGUAUAUAGAUACUUGAUGACUGCUGGACAUUGCAAUGAGGUGUCAUGUUCAGGGAUUGUAAGAUUAAUUAUCUAGUAGGCUGAAUUAAAAAGCGAGAUCUUUUUAAAUACAUAUAAAAUGUAAAGAUCAAAGUAAACCAACUAGAAUAGAUGAAAGAAGAAUAUGCAGUAUUCAACUCUAAAGAUCUUUUCAUUGCUUAUUUUUUACUUUUUUCGAAAAGUUACUUGAAUUACUUGAUUGUCUUGUGCUUGAUUUAUUUUUAUAUUAUGCCACACCACUGGUGCAUGCACUGAUGAUCGGUCAGAAGGUGAUGAUUAAUUUUCUAAAACAACAGCUCUGACAGAAGUGUUGGCUGCAAGGCAACAGGUUUAUUUUAAUGAGUUUGCUCUAAUACAUUAUUGUUUCUAUAGUAACAACUUAUACAGUGACUCAUGUGGCAGACACCACAUAAACUGGCAAAAUAAAUAUAUUGUUGAUAUGGUGAGGUUUUCUGUGAGGAGAUGUACAAUUAGCAUUUUUGGAAGUGUGGAGUCUCCGGUGUCAGUACUUUAUAACAGUCAGAGCUAAACCUGUAACUUUAAGCUUUCCAACACGCUGCAAUUCUUGUCAUAUUAAUUUUUUUUUUGUGUGUGUGUGAGAGAGAGAGAGAGAGAGAGAGAGAAAUGAGGGAGUGACUUUUUAUAGCUGCUAUAAUUUAAGUGAUAAGAGGAACAAACUUGUUUCACGGAUGUUCUACAUCAUUAAAUGUAAAUAUAAAUGGAUAAAAACUAUGUGUCAUUCUUUAAUAAAUAAAAAAAAAACCUGUAAUAAUUGGCAAAUUGCUAAUUUGAACAAAACACUUCAAGACAUGCUGUUUUUGGAAAUUAAUCAAAAAAUUAUUUUCCCAUGGCAGCACACUCCCUUUGUGUGUGUCUUGUGGUUUGUUGAGCUGCACUUAGGACAGUGGAUUAUAACACCAUACAAUGGUUCAGUUAGCCAUAACAAAAUCAUCAUACCGUACCCUGCACUCAGUGAGAGCUGAUAUUCUUUGCAUUAAUAUCAGGUUUAGCACUGCUCAAAUGUACGCUUUUCAGCCCUCUGUGUGCUACCUCUUCAUGGCUCUUUGUUUUGCACAAAAGCAAAAAUGAUUAUGUUUAAAAUUUGCAUUUUAAUCUUAUCUUUUGCUUAAUUCUCAGAGACCUUGAUUUACUUGACUGACAUCGUAUUUACACUCCGUAUCUGAUUUAUCAUUGUAAAAUGAAACAGACCAUAUCCUGAUGUUUUAUUGCAUAAAAUUUAUAAAGUGUCGAUGAGGUAUGGUAUAGGGGUGAAGCUGAAAAAUAGAAGUGUUGUCUUUUUAUGUGAAAAUGAUUGUAACGUGGAAUUGUGAAAUGACAUGCAGUUCUGCUGAGUACAUACAGUACAUGGGGAAAGUACUCCUGAGAAAGCGAAAGCAAAAAAAAAAAAAUUAAAUAAAUAAAAAUAAAUAAAUAAAUGAAAAAAAAGGAUUAGAGCCAAAUGUGGCACUUUGAUAAGAAAACAACAACGACAACAUUGUAUUUUUGUAUUCUGUAAUGUGCAAAAUCUGUCCACUUGUUUAUAGUUGAGUGAGUCAAGUACUUUUACAGUAACUUUUGCAUUGUGUUUGUUUUCGGUGAUACUUUUUGUGCCUCUUUUACAAUGGUGACGAUGUUCAGUAGUAGAUGUUUGUAAAGCCCGUACUGUGGUCACUGCUGCUGGGUGUCAGUUUUUUCAUAAAUGAUUCUCUGCCAAGAUUCGCAGACCUGCUAGUAUCACAAAGCACAAAAUACCUGACAGAAAAAGGCAGAAACUUUUUUUUUCCUGUUUGCUUGCAUUGUAGUCACAACAUAUUCACUGUGAGAUCCAAAGCACAUUAUAUGCAGUUAUAUGCAGGUUUUGUGUGUGCGUGUGUGUGUGUGUGUGUGUGUGUGU